UUUGGAUUGCUUGGAGUAUUCUAGAAAUUGCUAAAAACAAAACCUGACAAAGUUGGAAAAGAUAUCGUGAGAGAGAGAGAGAGAGAGAGAAAAGCGUAUGAGCGAUUUAUCGAGCUGUUCUUCCAAAACUUAGUGGGGCAGAUAAGUGCAAAUACUCAAACGUUUAAAGAGAUCCUUUCGAGAUGUCACAGGAAAUAGAUCUGUUGCAUUGUUAUCAUCGCGGUUGUGGAAAGAAAUUCGAUCCAAACGACAAUAAAGACGACAAUUGCCUUCAUCAUCCAGGAAAUCCAGUGUUUCACGAUGCAUACAAAGGAUGGUCUUGUUGCAACAAAAAAUGUAUAGACUUCACUGAAUUCUUGAAUAUCAAGGGAUGUACGAAGUCAAAGCACUCCAAUGUGAAACCAUUAGAACCAGAGAAACUGCCAGUCGAUAAAUGCAAAGUUGAUGAAGUAAUACGGGUUGUCACAGGGGCUGUAAGCAAUGGAGCAUUCCUGGAGAGACCUCCGUUUAACUCGUCUCAGCUUAUACUGUCGCCAAUAAUAUCUCCUGCUCUACUAGAACAAAUUAAAGGGUUGACAGCUUUAGAAGUUGACAAAUCAACUGAUAGUAUAAUACAGAUAGGACAAACUUGUAAAAACAAUUCCUGCAAGGGGACUUAUACAGGGAUUGUCUCUGAUGAAGAGGUUUGCAAUUAUCAUCCUGGUGUACCUAUCUUUCAUGAAGGGCUGAAAUAUUGGUCUUGUUGUAAAAAGAAAACUACAGAAUUUUCAUUGUUUUUGGAUCAGCCAGGCUGUAUGCAAGGCAAACAUAUAUGGUUUUCCAAGAGUAUGGGAAAGAAGGCUCAAUGCAGAAUGGACUGGCAUCAAACAGGAGCAUAUGUAGUCGUUUCUAUAUUUGCAAAAAAAUAUCUACCCAGUCAGUCCGUCAUAAAAUUAAAUCCCAUCCAUCUGACUGUAGAUUUAUUCUUUAUAGAAGAAAACUCGAGAUAUUAUCUUGAUAUAGAAUUGAAAGGAAUUGUUAAUGUCGAGCAAAGUAGUGUACAUAUGCUGCCAACUAAAGUAGAAAUUAAAUUAAAGAAGACCGAACCUGGUUCUUGGCCAAAGUUGGAUGUUUCUACAGAAGCAAAGCCAAGAAAUUCUGAAACUGCUUGUAGCCGAAUGAUGCUGGCCACCAAAUCGAAAUUGCGGAUAUUAGCGCUUCAUGGAUAUAUGCAAUCAGACGUGAUCUUUAGUGCCAAAUUAGGAUCGUUGAGAAAAGGGUUUAAGAAAGAAAUGGAAUUCACGUUUAUAAGAGCACCACAUAAAGUUCCGUCCCAAAAAAAUAAGAUUGGUCAAGAGGAUACCGAUGAAAAUGGAUAUGGAUGGUGGUUUAAUACAGAGGACCAUGUAUUUAAAGCUACAGUGCCUAGUAACUUGUGUGUAGGAUUUGAUGACAGUGUAGCUUUGAUUGAGAAAGUAUUCUCGGAACAAGGUCCUUUUGAUGGAAUAUUGGGUUUUUCACAGGGAGCAGCUUUUGUCAGUAUACUAUGUGCUAUGAAGAAGAAGAAAAUAUUACGAAUUGAGUUUAAUUUUGUUAUUGUGAUAUCUGGAUUUAAGUCAUUGUGUGCACCUCAUGCAAAGUAUUAUGAUGAAGAAAUCGAUAUACCUUCCUUGCAUAUUUAUGGAGAGAACGAUCAAGUCAUUCCAACAGUAAUGGCAGAGCAAAUCAGUUGUUUAUUCUCAAAUAAGAAAGAGAUACAGCAUGAAGGUGGACAUUAUGUGCCAAGUAAAAAAGAUAUCUAUAGGGAUUUUGUAAUAGAAAUGCUUAGCAAAUGUAAGAACUCAACAAGUUAACGAUAUUCUUAUUUUUAUUACUAAAAUUUAUCCAAUUUAGCACGCAAUUCCAUCAGAAAAAAAAUUGUAUGUGUGUACAUGAAUAAUAGCUAAAUAUAUGU